UUUUUCCUGUGAAAAGUGGCUCGAAAAUUUUAACGCAUCGUCUCCGCAAGCUGCCCUCGCUUUACCCGUUGCCCAUAUUCCCAUCUCCACCUCGUCACCCAUCCAGGUCUCCAUCCAUCUCUGGUUCUCCGCUUCCAUUUUUCCUUCUCGCUCUAAGGAGAUAAAAGACUCGCCUUUGGCUCACGCGGAACAUAGGAAGCCGCGACAACUCGAUCUCCGCCUCGAAUCCUAGAGAAAGGAGGGAUUUUGUGAGCAAAAGGGUGCGAGCGGUAGCUUUCUUGUCUACCUCGUCGGGUUUCUCUUCUUAAUUUCUGUCUCUUUGUGGGUGGUUUCGUGGAUGGUGGCGACGGAGGAGAGCGCGGAUAGUUGUGGCAGUCGGGCUGCGGACGCGGCCCAGGCGUCGCGGCCGCGGCAGCAGCGGCGCAAGUUGGAGGCCUACAACGAGGUGCUCCGCCGCCUCAGGGAGGCUGGGCGGCCGGAGGCCCUGUCGCCGUCCUUCGAGGACGAGCUUUGGGCCCACUUCAAUCGCCUCCCCGCCCGCUAUGCUAUGGAUGUGAAUGUGGAGAGGGCAGAAGAUGUUCUGACGCAUAUGAAAUUGUUGGAGCUGGCGCAUGAUCCUGCCAAUAGGCCUGCCUUUGCAGUCCGAUUAGUUCAGGUGUCUCCAAUUCUUGAUGGAAAACGAGCUGAUUUUUUUGAUUCCAACAAACCAGGGGAGGAAGAUGCUCGAUCUACUUCAAAUUACUUUAGCAAGCAAAGCAGUCACCCCCCUCCGGCCUUUGGCUCAUCACCGAAUCUGGAGGCGCUUGCCCUUGAAGCCAGCAAACAAUAUGUUCAAGACGGAGAUAGUGCUACAAAUGCCUUUGUAUGCUUUACCAGCAAGCCCAUGCAUGAAAUCACCUUUUCGACUGAUGACAAGCCAAAGCUUCUCAGUCAGCUGACUGCGUUGCUUGCUGAGGUUGGCCUUAACAUCCAUGAAGCACAUGCAUUUUCAACAAAUGAUGGUUACUCGUUAGAUGUCUUUGUUGUUGAUGGUUGGCAUUAUGAGGAAACGGAGCAGCUUAGGGACGCAUUACAGAAGGAAUUUCAGAAGAUUGAGAAGCAAGCAUGUUCAAAGGCUCAUUCAUGGUCUCCUAUAUUGGAAAAUGCACAAACUGGGGAGGUGUCUCAACCAGACCAUGUCGUAGCACCUACAGAUGGGACUGAUGUGUGGGAAAUUGAUUUCAGGCUGCUGAAGUUUGGAAAUAAAGUGGCAUCUGGAUCAUAUGGUGAUCUUUACCGGGGAACAUACUGUAGCCAGGAUGUUGCUAUUAAAGUACUCAAGCCUGAGCAUAUAAAUUCAGAUAUGCAGAGAGAAUUUGCUCAGGAAGUCUAUAUUAUGAGAAAAGUUCACCACAAGAAUGUUGUGCAGUUUAUUGGUGCAUGUAGCAGCCCUGCAAACUUAUGUAUUGUUACAGAGUUUAUGUCAGGUGGAAGUGUGCAUGACUUUCUUCAUAAACAGAAAGGUGUUUUUAAGCUUCCAGCUUUGCUCAGGGUAGCAAUUGAUGUAUCAAAGGGAAUGAACUACUUGCACCAGAAUAAUAUUGUCCACAGGGACCUAAAGGCUGCCAAUCUUCUGAUGGAUGAAAACGAGGUUGUCAAAGUUGCAGAUUUUGGUGUUGCACGUGUUAAAUCUCAAUCUGGAGUUAUGACUGCUGAAACAGGAACAUAUCGUUGGAUGGCACCUGAGGUCAUAGAACACAAGCCCUAUGAUCACAAGGCUGAUGUUUUUAGCUUUGGGAUUUUGCUGUGGGAGCUGCUAACAGGAAAGCUUCCAUAUGAGUACCUAACACCACUACAAGCAGCAGUAGGUGUGGUUCAAAAGGGCCUGAGACCAACCAUACCAAAGCAUACCCAUCCUAAACUUGCUGAACUGCUUGAAAAAUGCUGGCAGCAGGACCCAGCUCAAAGGCCAGAUUUUUCAGAAAUAUUGGAGAUGCUCCAACUUCUAGCCAAGGAGGUCAGUGAUGAACCCAAGGAUCAUCGCAAGGAAAAGUCAUCGGGUGGUUUCUCUCAGUUCUCAGGCGGGGCCACUGAAGGAGAGAUGUCUGUGAAUCACAUUUUGUAUGAUCUCAUCAUGGGCAAUUUCUGGUCUUUGGUAGGAUUGUGCCUUAAACUGUACAGUAUUUAAUCUGAAGACCUAGUUCUUUGUUCUAAGUUUUGAUUUGCAAUUCCUUUUACAUUUAACUGCUGUCAUGUCUAUUUUUCAUCGAAUGGAAUGCCAUCAAAAAGAGAUUGCCUAUUCUGAGUGCAUGAGUUGGUGAUCUUUUUUUUCAAAGAAAAAGUCGGUUAUA